GUGUGCCAUUUCCUGGAUUCCUUGACAGGCCGAAAUCAGGGAGCAAGAGAGCAGUCGGAGUGAAUUCGUGUCGACUGUCCAGAGUCCGCGAAUUCAAGUCCGUCCAGCGUUCAACAACUAGCGAACAUCUUUACGAAGAUUUGACCGAGAAAGCGGAGCAUCUGUUCAGGCAGAGGUGCAAAUUCUUUGAAGAUAAUGUCACUUCACCAGUUUUUGUUGGAACCCAUCACCUGCCACGCAUGGAACCGGGACAGGACCCAAAUUGCUAUCAGCCCAAACAACCACGAAGUCCAUAUAUACAAGAAAAGUGGAAAUCAGUGGGUGAAAGUUCAUGAAUUAAAAGAACACAAUGGGCACAUCACAGGCAUUGACUGGGCUCCUAAAAGUGAUCGUAUUGUGACCUGUGGAGCGGACCGAAAUGCUUAUGUAUGGAGUCAAAAGGACGGCGUGUGGAAACCCACCCUUGUUAUUCUCAGGAUCAACCGUGCUGCCACGUUUGUGAAAUGGUCUCCUCUGGAGAACAAAUUUGCAGUGGGGAGUGGAGCUCGACUCAUAUCCGUUUGCUACUUUGAGUCUGAAAAUGAUUGGUGGGUUAGUAAACACAUCAAAAAGCCCAUCCGUUCAACUGUCCUCAGUUUAGACUGGCAUCCAAAUAAUGUGCUUCUGGCAGCUGGGUCAUGUGACUUCAAAUGCAGGGUGUUCUCUGCAUACAUCAAGGAGGUGGAUGAGAAACCAGCUCCAACCCCGUGGGGUUCCAAAAUGCCCUUUGGGCAGGUGAUGACAGAGUUUGGUGGGGCGGGAAGUGGAGGUUGGGUUCACAGCGUCUGUUUCUCUGCCAGUGGAAACAGAUUGGCUUGGGUCAGCCAUGACAGUACUGUCACUGUAGUGGACCCCACAAUAAGCUCAACGCCGAGUCAGCUGAAAACCGAAUUCCUUGCUCUUCUGAGUGUAACUUUUGUUUCUGAGAACAACAUUGUGGCAGCGGGUCACGACUGCUGCCCUAUGCUGUUCAGUUUUGAUGAUGGUGGAACCUUGACCUUCACCUCCAAGUUGGACAUUCCAAAGCAAAGCAUCCAGCGCAACAUUUCUGCCAUGGAGCGCUUUCGUAACAUGGACAAGAGGGCCACCACUGAGGACCGCAAUAGCACCCUAGAAACCCUGCAUCAGAACAGCAUCACCCAAGUGUCUAUAUAUGAAGGAGACAAAAGAGAUUGUCGCAAAUUCUGCACUACAGGAAUUGACGGAGCAAUGACCAUAUGGGAUUUCAAGACCUUAGAGUCUUCAAUCCAGGGCCUGCGGAUCAUGUAAAACUGACACUAGCAUGACAGCACAAGCAAUGCAGCUUGAAGACUAACAAGGAGAUUUCCGAUAACACUUCUGAAAGUUUUUAAAUAAAAAAAAAGCACUGAGCUGUGGUGUGAACUGUUGUGACACUUUUAAAAAAAUGGAAAACACUAAUGGAAUAAGGGGGUUAGGAUCUUUGUUUUCUUUUUGUUGUUGGUUUUUUUCCUUUCUUUUUUUUUUUUUUUAAGGAAAAAAAAAUCUAUGCCAAAGCUGGCACCCCAGCAGUGUGUGAUGGUUGAUUAAGAUGUAUCGGCUCUCCAGGGAAACCGGAGAGAAGUUAAAUUAAAAGGAGAAUUUUAUGUAAAUGGUCUGCUAGAAAUAAAUGACGUAUACUACACACCA